AUGCCAGAUGAAGAAGUGAUCGCUCCUACAAUAGUGACAGAGGGACAAUCAGCCAUUGUGAUCUGUAACACCACCUGCAGUCUGACUGAUCCAACAUUCAUAUGGUACAAAAACAGUCAUAAUUUAAUUGCAAAAACCAUCAAGAGCAAUGAAGUCCACCUGCAGCCGGUCAGCAGUGAGGAUGCAGGCAGUUAUAGCUGUGCUGUAAAAGGAUAUGAACAUCUCCCCUCUCCUGCUCACACACUCAGAGUCAGAUAUGCUCCAAAGAAUGUCUCAGUGUCCAUUGGUCCCUCUGGUGAUGUAGAGGAGGACAGUCCAGUAACUUUGACCUGCAGCAGUAAUGCUAAUCCACCUGUGGAGAACUACACCUGGUUUAAGGUGAAUGAAUUUUCAGCUGUCGGAUUUGGACAGAGUUACAGAGCUCUACAGAGUGGACAGUACUACUGCGAGGCUCAGAAUAAACACGGCUCUGAGAGAUCAGCUGCAGUGACUAUUUCAGUAACUUAUCCUCCAAAGAAUGUCGCAGUGUCCAUCACCCCCUCUGGUGUAAUAGUGGAGAACAGUUUAGUGACUCUGACCUGCAGCAGUAAUGCUAACCCACCUGUUAUAGACUAUGAAUGGUAUAAGGGGACAACAUUAGUAGGAAAAGGAAAAACCUACACCAUCUCCAAGUUUAUCUCCAAACACAGAGGAGCAUACAAGUGCAAGUGCAGUAAUGAAGUCGGACAUCAGGACUCCAGUAGUGUGAUUCUAAAUGUUCUGUAUCCUCCAAAGAAUGUCGCAGUGUCUGUCAGUCCCUCUCAUGAGAUUGAAGAGGGCAGUUCAGUGACUCUGACCUGCAGCAGUGAUGCUAACCCACCUGUUAAAUACUAUGAAUGGUACAAGAGGACAACAUUAGUAGAAAAAGGAAAGACCAUCACCAUCUCCAAUUUCAGUUCGGAGGACAAUGGAAAGUACAAGUGCAAGUGUGGUAAUGAAGUCAGACAUCAGUACUCCCAUGGUGUAACUCUGAAUAUUCUGUAUCCUCCAAAGAAUGUCUCAGUGUCCAUCAGCUCCUCUGGUCAGAUACUGGAGGACAGUUUAGUGACUCUGACCUGCAGCAGUGAUGCUAACCCACCUGUGGAGAACUACACCUGGUUUAAGGUGAAUGAAUCCUCCGCUGUAGGAUCUGGACAGAGUUACAGAGCUCCACAGAGUGGACAGUACUACUGCGAGGCUCAGAAUAAACACGGCUCUGAGAGAUCAGCUGCAGUCACAAUGCACGUUGUCUAUCCACCAAAAAUAGUUUUAGUGUACAUCAGUCCCUCUGGUGAGAUAGUGGAGGGCAGUUCAGUGACUCUGACCUGCAGCAGUGAUGCUAACCCACCUGUGGAGAUCUACACCUGGUUUAAGGGGAGGAAAUCAGUAGGAAAUGAAGAGACCUACACCAUCUCCGACAUCAGCUCUGAGGACAGUGGAGAGUACAAGUGCAAGUGCAGUAAUGAAGUCGGACAUCAGGAGUCCAGCAGUGUAACUCUGAAUGUUCUGUAUCCUCCAAAGAAUGUGUCAGUGGCCAUGCACCCUGCUGGUGAGGACAAUUUAGUGACUCUUAAAUGUAGCAGUGAUGCUAACCCUCCUGCAGAGAUCUACACCUGGUUUAACGUGAAAGAAUCCUCAGCUGUAGGAUCUGGACCGAGUUACAAAGUUCUACAGAGUGGACAGUACUACUGCGAGGCUCAGAAUAAACACGGCUUCAAGAGAUCAGAAGUUUUAAACAAAAAUCACCUGUAUCCUCCAAAGAAUGUCUCAGUGACCAUCAGCUCCUCUGGUGAGAUAGUGGAGGGCAGUUCAGUGACUCUGACCUGCAGCAGUGAUGCUAACCCACCUGUGGAGAACUACACCUGGUUUAAGGUGAAUGAAUCCUCAGCUGUAGGAUCUGGACAGAGUUACAGAGCUCUACAGAGUGGACAGUACUACUGCGAGGCUCAGAAUAAACACGGCUCUGAGAGAUCAGCUGCAUUAACAGUUUUGGUUAUUUAUCCUCCAAAGAAUGUCUCAGUGUCCAUCAGUCCCUCUGGUGAGAUAGUGGAGGACAGUUCAGUGACUCUGACCUGCAGCAGUGACGCUAACCCACCUGUGGAGAACUACACCUGGUUUAAGGUGAAUGAAUCCUCAGCUGUAGGAUCUGGACAGAGUUACAGCUUUAAUUUCAACUCCAGUAGCAAGGACCAGUACUACUGUGAGGCUCAGAAUAAACACGGCUCUGAGAGAUCAGCUGCAGUGUCUGUCACUUUAAAGGAUCUUCAGGUGAUCGCUCCUGCAGAAGUGACAGAGGGACAAUCAGCCGUUCUGACCUGUAAAACCACCUGCAGUCUGACUGAUCCAACAUUCAUCUGGUACAAAACCAGCCGUGAUUUAACAACAAACACCAUCAAGAGCAAUGAAGUCCACCUGCAGAAUGUCAGCAGUGAGGAUGCAGGCAGUUAUAGCUGUGCUGUAAGAGGAUAUGAACAUCUCCCCUCUCCUGCUCACACACUCAGAGUCAGAUAUCACCCAAAGAAUGUCUCAGUGUCCAUCAGUCCCUCUGGUGAGAUAGUGGAGGGCAGUUCAGUGACUCUGACCUGCAGCAGUGAUGUUAACCCACCUGUGGAGAACUACACCUGGUUUAAGGGGACGACAUCAGUAAGAAAAGGAAAGACCUACACCAUCUCCAACAUCAGCUCUGAGGACAGUGGAGAGUACAAGUGCAAGUGCAAUCCUCCAAAGAAUGUCUCAGUGUCCAUCAGUCCCUCUGGUGAGAUAGUGGAAGGCAGGUCAGUAACUCUGACCUGCAGCAGUGAUGCUAACCCACCUGUGGAGAUCUACACCUGGUUUAAGGGGACAACAUCAGUAGGAAAAGUAAAGACCUACACCAUGUCCAACAUCAGCUCUAAGGACAGUGGAGAGUACAAGUGCAAGUGCAUUAAUAAACAUGGACAUCAGUACUCCAACAGUGUAACUCUGACUGUUCUGUAUCCUCCAAAGAAUGUCUCAGUGUCCACCAGCUCCUCUGGUGAGAUAGUGGAGGGCAGUUCAGUGACUCUGACCUGCAGCAGUGAUGCUAACCCACCUGUGGAGAUCUACACCUGGUUUAAGGUGAAUGAAUCCUCAGCUGUAGGAUCUGGACAGAGUUACAGAGCUCUACAGAGUGGACAGUACUACUGCGAGGCUCAGAAUAAACAUGGCUCUGAGAGAUCAGCUGCAGUGUCUGUCACUUUAAAGGAGUUUCAGAGCACAGUUGUGGGCAUAGCUGUUGGAGUCAUUGUGUUUGUGUUUGUUUUUCUGAUUGUUGCCUUCCUAUUUAUCAGGAAACAUAAAAGAAAUGGGUCAACAAUAAACCAAAGUUUACAAUGGGAUAAUUUUAGUAGCAGUGUAGCGUUGGCAAGUCCAAACAUCACUGUAUCUGAAUCAGCCUCCACCAAUCAGAAUGAAGUUUUGUAUACCAACAUUGUACACCAGAGUGCUGUUUCCCCCAGAAAUACUGAGAGUUCUUCUGUGAAAUCUACUGCCUCUAAAGACAAGGAGAUCCAGUACAGUAGUAUAAAAUUUACUCGCACAGGUGCUGACAACAGGCCUGACAAUGAUGAGGAGCCCAGUGUGUUCUACAGCAGUGUGAAAUAAGCAACAUUAACAAACUGUCUCAAUCUCAGAACAACUUCUACUUGGUCACAGUGGAAAACUUCUGGAAACUUUGAAGGUUAAUAUUUAAUUAAGCAGAGUUAAGCUGUGCUUUUAUGAAGCCUCAUAAUGCAAUUGUCAUUUAAUCAUCUGCUAGAGAGAAUGUUUCAAUUAUUUUACAUUGUCUAUGAUGGGUCUUUGUCAGCAACAUUUGGCUAAAAAUCAUAGAAUGUCAUUAAAUCAUAGAAUCAUAGCAGUGUAUAGUUCUUUUUAAGCAUUUUUUAAAAGCACCGGUUAAUGACUAUUUUAAACAG